AUGUCAACAGAAGAUGAACAAGCACCAGAAGCAAGUGCAAAGUACUCUUUGCCAAUACCAAGGCUGACCGCAUCUAAUUCUCAACAGUUUACUGCAGAGAAUCCCACACAACAAAUGCCUGUGGAAGGAACAUAUAGAAAAGCCAAAUACCAGGUCAUUAACCCACAAACAACACCCUUGCUACUGCCACAGAAUAGAAGGCUGACAGAUGAAGAAAUCGGAGAUAUAUCAGCACUUGUGAAAGACCAGUUUGGAUGGAAAGACAAACCUUGA